AAGCAGACGUGGAUCAGCACUGUUUGAUGCUAUGCCUAUACUAUAGCUUGCAAAUAGGCAAAAGCCAUUGUUGUGCCAAACGUCUAACUUGAAGUUGCUUUGCUUCAUUGAAGUUAGGUAGACAAAGAUAUUACCGUGAACAAGAAUUCUUGUAUCACAUAUUGUGGAGUUCUGGGGCAGAAGGGAGGAACGUGGCUAGCGUAUUGAGCAGUGGGUACGGUCUGCUUUUGUCCCAUGAUAUGGAGAACCCCAUGACUUCAACAAGUUAACUAAAAUCAGUCUAUUUCAGUUAUAGGUAGGUCGUUGCAAAAGGAGGAGAGCCUAAUGCAGUCAGACAAUCAGUGGCCUGGGCAGCAUUGCCAGGCACCUUUUUGGGCAUACAUCCUGGGCGCAUUGGGACUUUUUAUCUACCAGUCUCUGGAUGCCAUUGAUGGGAAGCAAGCCAGAAGAACAAACAGCUGCUCUCCUCUAGGAGAGCUCUUUGAUCAUGGUUGCGACUCAAUUUCCACAGUUUUUGUUGUCCUGGGAUCCUGCAUAGCAAUCCGACUAGGAACAAACCCUGACUGGCUGUUUUUCUGUUGUUUUGUGGGACUGUUCAUGUUUUAUUCGGCUCACUGGCAGACAUAUGUAUCAGGCAUAUUAAGGUUUGGAAAAGUUGAUGUAACUGAAGUUCAGAUAGCCAUAACGGUGUUGCUAUUGGUAUCUGCAUUUGGUGGAACAGCAAUAUGGGACUAUAAGGUGCAUUUGAUAGGCCUAGAACUGAAGUUCUUUGCGGUUGCUGGCAUUCUGUGUGGAACAGCGGUUUCAUGUUUCAAUUACUUCCGCGUCAUCUUUGGUGGAGGGGUUGGAAAGAAUGGAUCUACAAUAGCAGGAACGAGUGUUCUUUCACCAGGCGUCCACAUUGGGCUACUCGUCACGCUGGCCACCGUGAUCUACAAAAAAUCUACAAUUCAGCUGUUCGAAAAACAUCCGUGCCUGUAUGUCUUGACAUUUGGAUUUGUGAAUGCUAAAAUCUCACAGAAGUUAGUGGUGGCUCACAUGACAAAAAGUGAAAUCAGUCUUCAAGACACUGCAUUUAUUGGGCCAGGACUUCUCUUUUUGGACCAGUACUUCAAUAGUUUCAUCGAUGAAUAUAUUGUUCUAUGGAUAGCAUUGUUCAUAUCCUUGUUUGAUAUGCUGAGAUAUGCCACUGGUGUAUGCCUACAGAUUGCUGCUCAUCUCCAUAUACAUGUCUUCCGAAUUUCAUCUCAUCAAGCUCCUGAACAGGUACAAGUUGUUUCUCCAUUGAGCCAUCAGAAUAACAUGGACUGAAGAGACUUGCGAACAGUUGCCAUCUCCUGCUGUUGCUGUUACAAGAAAAGGAGAUAAUUCUGAACAGAUGCCAUACCAAUAUGAUUCCUUUAUCUAAUUAAAUGAAUGUCUAACGACUUCUUUACAGAAUGUUCUAUUUUUGUAUUUAACAAGGUUCUUUAUAACUACUGAUACUUACAGUGUCCAUCAUAAUCUUCUUCUGUAGCAAAGCCAUUUCUUUGCGAAGUUCAUUUUGUGCACCAGCUAGAAGAUUUUCAUUGUUUUUCUCUAGCUCUUCCAUGCUCUGAAGUUAAGGAUAAUCUUAAUUCAGAACUGCUCAAUAUCAGAAGUUUAAUUUGAAAACAGACAAUCCAUUAUUCAGGUGACAGUUCAAUUUUUAUAGCAGUAGUUGUCACUGAGAAUUACAGAUGAAUUUUAUUACGAACUUGAAAAAGAAACUGUAUAGGACUCCAAAGGAAAAGUCCUUUCCAGUCAGCAUCUGUCAGGUCUUAGCUACUAUCCUGCGUUUCAAUAAACAUAAGAAUUUUACAAGUCUAGGAAUUAGAGGGGGUACAGUUUAAUAUUAUGACAGCUUUGAAAACUUGAAGCAACAACUACAGAAAAUGUUACAUUUCCUCCUCUUUGCACACUUCACUCUAAAUAAACUGAGGUAAAGCUCACUGGUUAUCUUCCCUUUUGCUCAUACAGUUACGCCUAACUGCAUGUGCAUAGCUGCAUUUGCCUUGACAUGUAAAGUUAAGUUUAUCUGAGGCUUGACUUUUACCUUUUGAUCUUCUCUGAGGAGAAAAUGGCAGGUUUGGUUUUUUUUUUUUCUUUUUUUUAUCUUCGAUGAAGAUGUUUUGACUUUUUAAAAUGGUUAUUAUUUAUUAAGAUUUCUGUAAUGUUCUGUAAUGGAAACUUCAGCUAUCUUAAACUAUGCAUUGCUCUAUAUCAAAUUGAUUUUUCAAAGCUGCCUGACUUGCAAAAAAAAGAACAUACCAUAACUAGUGAAUUUCAAAAUGGGACAGUUAGGAAAGGGCUGAAAGGGAGAGGAACUGGGACUGUUCAGCCUGGAGAAAAGGAGCUCUAAGGGAUCCCAUCAGACUCUAUAUGUAACUGAGGGGAAAGGUGGGGAAGACAGAACCAGGCUUUUUUCAGUGGCGUCCAGAAACAGGGCAGGAGGCCAUGGUCUGGAACACAAGAGGUUCCCUCUCAACAUCAGGAGACACUUCUUCAUUGACUGGGUGACUGAGCAAUGGAACAGGUUGUCCAGAGGAGCUCUGGAGUCACCAUCUUUGGAGAUAAUCAAAAGACUUAAGUAGUCUUGCUAGAUCAGCUGCUGGUUAGAACAGAUGACUUUCAGCGAUCCUUUCCAACUUCAACCACUCUGGUUCUAAGAUACCUUGCUUCUGUGCUCCUUACAAAACCAAGCACUCAGGUAUUUUCAUUUUCCCCUUACAGCUUCCUCAUUUCUAGUAACUUAGAAAUAUUGCUUGGAGGAAAUUCUGGGAAUAAAGUGUUUUGUUCUAAAUGUAAAAUGAUAGGAAAGAAACUUUUUUUUUUAAUUUAUUAAAAGCCAAACUGAGUAAUAGUUAUCAGUAAUUUUUUGUUUGCUGUCUAGCAUGUCAGCCACUUUUUAAAAAUAGGCUGAUCAUUAUUUCUGGUCUUUAAAAUACAGUAAGCUACGUAAGCAGUGUCCAAAAAUUAUAGGGACUGCCAGCAAAUACAAAAGCUAUUCAUAAAUCAACAGGAAAGUUCAACAGGACUGAGCACAAACCAUCCUGUGGGACCUAUUUUCACCAUAAGCCAUUAUUUGUCAGAUUCUUAGAAAAUAUUUACUUUUUCUACUAGCGUAUAGGAAGGAAAACCCUUUCUAAUCAGUGUUGGUUAGGAAGCAAAGAUGAAAAGGAAGAAAUAACAAAAAAGAGAGCAAAGGAAGCAAUAAUUACAUAAUUUUAAAAGAAUUAGAACUCUUUAACAGGCGUUUUCCUUGCCAAAAACAGCAGACACUAGGAAGGUUAAUGACUAAAAAAAAAUUUACAUCUAGUUCUCAUUAUGGGGAAUGCAUGUGCCGCAGUAAUAGUUGUAGUAAAUUACAUUAUGAAAUGUUAACAGAUUGCUAACUUCCACUUUUUUCAACACGUUCAAAAAACCUGAGGGACAAUUGAGACUGAGUCCUGUUGAUUUGACUAAUCUACAUCCUGUUUAAACUGGUGCAAAACUGAAUUUGGUUUAGAAAGCACGCUCUAGGGGUUACAGUUAAAUAUUUGGAACAGGAAAGCCAAUCAGACCCCUGCAAGAACACACUUAACUAAAGCAUUUAUAUACAGGCACAGUGUGUACGCGUGUUUAGAAAGCAGACGUCAUAUUUUUAAACAAAUAAAGAAACAGUACUAACUAGCAUGAAUAUUCAUGCUAAGCUGUUGUUUUCCUUAAGUGAACCAUACAUUUCUGUAUUUCACAAAGGCUGGAUUACUACAGUUUUCCCAAGUGAUGCAAUAAGGAUCAGCUGCCUUCUAAAAUAAAAAUUUACUGUACCUUUAAGAAUUGCUCAUAUAGUUGCUUAAUAGUUUUCAGUCUCUGACUUUGAACUAUUCUUGCCUGUUGAAAAACUUUUUGUUGCUGACGAAACAUAUUCUGAAGGAGAAGAAAAAAAAUUAAUGCUAUUAGUUGACCAAAAGUACUUUGACAGCAACACUGGUUAUCAUUUAUCAAAAUCAAAAGGUUCUGCCUUCACUGACAAUCUGGGUCAUAGAACUGAGAUCCCUGCCUGGAGAGUUAUCCUUGAUUUCAUUAAUAAAAGGACUGAAGACUGGAUUAAGGACUGAACCAUCACCUGAGGGCCCUUCCAACCUGAAGUACCUCUGUGGCAUCCUAUGAGAACAGCUAGCCAACACAGUAUUUGAGAGUAUUCCAGAGAGAUGUGCGGAACUUGCAAACAUAGCAGGAGUAUGAAUUCAUCAGUAUUAUGUGAUUACAUUCCACUGUCUCCUUUAAUGGUGAAAUAAUUCUCAUAGAUUUAUUGAAUGAAGGCACAUUUUUAAGCAAUGCAUGCUUAGAGACAGCUACUUUCCUGUACUCCUUUGUUCUUCCCAUGCAAAGUCUGUGCAUGCACAGAAUCAGCACAUCUGUUUCUUCUCUGGAAUCACCUUGGCUUUUCUCAAGCCAUAUACGUUGGCCUAGGGCUUCAUUUAUUCCCAUUCAUAAACCUGCAAUAAAGUACUUCACUUUUCUUCACUUUGAAAUACAUCCCAAAAUUUAAACAUUUCACCAAACCUGAAUGAAAUUCUUAAGAGUUACAUGUUUGUCUGAACUAAAUAAAGUAUUUUUGCAUUUCUA